GCUGGGAAAUCAACUGAAGGCGAAUGAAGUAGUAUGUAUUCCAUCACCCCGAACCGUGCCGGUGGUGGCAACCUUCGGCAUCGUUCUGCCGUGAGCUCACCGCUUUGAAGCCCGCCCGGCGCCCCACUGAUAAGGACGAUCACUCCCGCACCCUAAACAUCAUCUCCCUCAUCAUCAACACAGACCCCUUUUCCAGGUGGUAGAUCACGCGACAUUUUUGACCGGGAAGUAAGGUCUUUGUGGCUUCACUGAUCGAGAAUAUUCUUUCUGUUCAUCUCGGUCAUUGCGGGAGAACUUGUGCGGGUGAAGAGCACAUCACGAGACUCCGGUCGGCCUUUUUUCUUGGCUCAUUGCGAAGUUCUUGGCCACCCCGUGGGUUUGGAAGAGCCUCAAGUGUCCGGUCGCUUGUGUAGGACAGUGAGUGUCUGAAGACUGCUAUAUAGCUGGGAUCCUUCUGCAUAGACGGGAGCCUUGUUUCAAAAACAAAGAGUGUGACUGCGUCUGCCACAAAUUGAGAACGAGGUUUUCGGCCCUCUAAGAGACUUCAGAAUUCUCCCCAAACCAUCGAUAACCCCUUCGUUCGCCCUUGAUACUGUCGGCUUUCGUGACCACCGGCUCGGUACAUCACAUUGAACAAUUUUGUGCGGCGUAUCCCAUGAAGAUAAGCAUGUACUCUGGCUAAGGCUGGUCCUGUUGCCCAUGCUAGAGCACUUCUUGCAUUGCAUUCUAUGAGACACUCACAGAACCAUCAACAUUCUCCAUAAUGUCCGGCUCUUCUACCCCAUCUUCAGAUACCUCCAUGACAGGCCAGGUGCCAUCAGAGGAAGAAGCCAUCGCCAGUGCAGGCAUUGCUGAUGUCUCGAUCGUCGACAACGAGAAUGUGAAUCCGCCAGCUGGCAGGCCGAUAGACGCACAAGCUGUGCCAACGCCAAUCUCUCCAGAGAGUGAUUUCCUGCUUGGUUUUGCGGAAGCAAGUUCGAACAAUUAUAUUCCUCCACAAGAUCGGAAGCGCCGAUUGACAAGCAAUUCGGAUGCUUCUAGACUCCAGCGAACUUGUUCCGGCGGAGCAAUUCGGCCUGAGGCCAGUGCAAUGGCUGCAUUACCUCAUCGAUCCGUCUCUAUGGUUGUACCGGCCUCAAGAGGUACCAGUUCCAGAGCACCAGGCUCGUCAUAUGCAACGGCGAUAGAUAUCACAUCUUCACCGCCCGAUGAUGGUCGGUAUUCAGCGAUUGAUCGUGCAGAUACUGGACAUGGACCAUACGCGGAAGGCUCGUCUUUUGGGGGAUCGUCGAAUCAUGUCCACGUGGGGGAGAAUGAAGCUCACCCGUCUAGAGUCAGCUCGAGAUGGCAGCCAGAUCCAACACCAGGUGCAUCAAGUCAUAUAUCGUUGUCUAGUGGCUCUUCGUCAGUGUCACGAACGCAUGAAGGGCCAAGCGACCGGCCUGGCUACCAGACAUGGCACCCUGGGUCGGCACCAGGUGGAGACGGGGAUGCUUUGGCCAAUUCGAAGAAUACAGGCCGUCGACGUCUUAUAUGGGACUUUCCACCUCGGCGGUCUUCGCAAGGCUCAAGUGGCAGCGCACGGAGGAGCUCCAUCGAAGAGAACUCGCAUCCCGGACUUGCUGUCCAGCAUGCGACCAGCCGAUUCUUGAAUAGAGCACCUGCCACAUCUCGGUCAACAACUGUCUCCAUCCCUGGAACCGAGGGCGAUAUAUACCGGACACAUACCAGAGCAAAUACCUUGAAUUCGUCCGGUUUCACAGACAAUGGCGAGAGGACUAUCGAAAGCUUCGGCUGGAGGCCAGAGCGCAGGGCUGUCGAUAGAACUUCGUCGGAAGGAUGGGUGUUUUCUGCGAGCUCGGGCGAAGCUUCUCGAUCCAGGGCCGAUAAUGCCGAUGAACGAUACGGGAGGUAUCCAGAGUAUCAAGAAGUUGAUAUGCCGAGAUGGCAGCCCGAUGCAGAAGUCACGAGUUGUCCGAUCUGUGGCACUGUCUUCAGCUUCUGGUACAGAAAGCACCAUUGUCGGAAGUGUGGCAGAGUUGUAUGUGCGAGCUGCUCGCCUCACUCAAUAGUCAUUCCUAGACAGUUCAUCGUCCGUCCGCCCGACACACCCACCUCACAAUCCGAAUCAUCUCCUGCCUCUCAAACUCCCGUCGUUGACCUGACCGGCGACGAUCCCGACCCUUUCAACUCAUCCAUAAACCCUGCUCUCGGAGGUGGUGAAAAAGUCCGUCUCUGCAAUCCCUGCGUCCCCGACCCGAAUCCCAAUCCCUUGGGAUACGGUUCUCCACGAGGUCACGGUCACCGAUCCACCCACUCGCUGACAUCCUCCAUGGGGCAAAACAAUUCCCGAGGCGCAAUUGCCCCCUCUCGCCAGGAGCGACGAACGGUCGGGGCCAACGACCGGCCCGCGGGCCUUCAAGGACUCGGCCGCCCGGCUCGCAGGUCUAUCUCUGGCACCAUGGACAGCUUCAGUCCCAGCACGGGGGACCGAAGCCGUAUGGCCGGUACCACCUUCGCCGUAGACCUGUCUGCCGCCGCCACACCGCCGCCACGCCCGCAAGUAUCGGAGGAAGACCUCUGUCCCGUCUGCGGACGGCAAUUCCCAGCGCUCAGCAAUGAGCAUACCCAGGACGCCCGCGAAGGGCAUAUCCGCGAGUGCAUCGCCGGCUACGGCGCCUCACCUGUCCAUGCUGAGCCCGAACACGUGGACCUCCGCCAACCACCACCAUCGCUACGCCCUUCGCCCGCAACUGCACGCAUGCUGCCAUUUACGGCGACCGAGAAGGACUGCCUCGCAGAGGAAGGCACCGUGGCCGAAUGUCAGAUCUGCUUCGAAGAGUAUGAGGUUGGGCAGAGCCUAGCCCGCCUCAACUGCUUCUGCAAGUUCCACAAGGCUUGCAUUCUGGACUGGUUUUCACGGAGGAUGACGUGUCCUACGCACCAGGGCUAAUUGAAUCCGGGGAAAUUGGUGAUCUCUAAUCGGAAUGGAGAGAGCUCGUUUGAUGGAGUGCAGGUAGCUGUCCUGCUGGAAUCCUUCCUUGUCCUUUUCUUUUUUUGUUUUCAACAGCGAUACAUUGGGGGUACUCUGAUUUUUGUUUGUGUGAUUAGCUUGUUCUCUGUAGAUACCCCCAGCAAUGAGACGAUGACCUUUGUCAAUCGGACCUUAUGACAUAGCUAUGGACGGG